AUGCCUACCAACCUCGAAGGCGGCCUACGUAGAUCUCCACAUGCCACGCCUCUGAAGCGUGAGCUGGGACGAUGGCAGAUCUUUAUGAUAACGAUUAGCACCAUUAUCGGCAUUGGCUUCAUCACGAGAGGCGGCGAGAUUCUGGCAUUCGGCGGGCCCGCAACGGUGCUGCUGUCCUUCGCAUUCGUCGGUCUCGUGGCCGUGGCCGUCAUGGAGGGCAUUAGCGAAAUGGUCGUGACCUGGCCCAUCUCGAACCCCAUGGUCGAAUUCGUCCGCCGCUUCGUAGACCGUGACUUUGCUGUGGUGGUGUGCGUGGCGUACUGGUACACGUGGGCGAUUACCUUUGCUGCUCUCAUCUCCACGGCCGGCGGAAUCGUAAAGUACUGGAAUGACAGCAGGGUUGCAGAAACGCUUGUUUACGUUCUGUGUCCGCUUUUGGUCUUCUUCAUCAACUUCAACACCCUUUUUGGGUACAUAGAGCUUUUCGGCGGAGUGUUGAAGCUUCUCAUAUUGUUCAUGAUAUUCGUUAUCAUGCUAUGUUUAAAGAGUGGCGUCAGUUGGGCUGAUCCGCCAUGCCACAACUACAUCACCGAUGGCUUCAAAGACACCCCUGAAGUCGGGAGCAGCAGAGGGAUACUCGUCUUAAUCGGCAUCAAUUUGGCCGUAUAUCCGUUCCUCGGCGUAGAAUCCGUAACAAUGACCGCCUUCGAAGCCAAAGACACGCGCGAACUCAAACCCCCAGCCAAAAACAUCAGCUUCAUCGUCCUAUUCGUCUACAUCGUCAGCAUCAUCAGCAUGCUCCUGAACGUCCAAUCCGACGACCGCUACCUCAUGGUCUACUACAAGCAAUGGAACCAAACCGGCGACAACACAUUUUGCAGUUCAACAACCUCCGCCUCCCCGAGCCCGACCCUCAACUUCCUCCUCCGCCCCCGCGCCGAAAACGCCGUCAACAACGCCACCCGCCUCAUGCCCGUCAUCGCAACCGACAACUUCCACGUCCCGCACCUCGGCGGCGCGGUGAACGCAUGCCUGCUCUACUCCGCCUUCAGCGCCGCCAACUCGGCGCUCUUCGUCGCCUCCCGCACGCUCUACGGCCUGGGGUCCAGCAUCCAGCGGGACGAGCCGUCGCGCGUGCUGCGGUUCCUGGCGACGUUCGGGCGGGUCGACGGGAACGGCGUCCCCGCGCGCGCCAUCAUCGGGUCCAUGUUCUUCGCGUGGGUGCCGUUCGUGUCGCUGGGCGACGCGGAUACCAGCACGGGGACGGAUAAUAUGCAGGAUAUAUUGCAGAGUGUGGGGACGACGAGUUGUAUACUCGUGUGGGCGUCGCAGGCGUUGGCGUUUUUGCGGUAUCAUUGGUGGUUGAGGCGGCAUCAUACGGAGCUGAAGGGGCAGUAUCGGAAGUUUGAUCGGUGGGUGGCGGAGGGAGGGGGUGGGGGGAGGGGGUUGAGUUGGUUGGAGUUUGCGCAGCCGUGGUUGGCGUGGUUCGCGCUGGUGGCGAGCUUGGUGAUUUUGUUCGUGUUUGCGAGCGCUGGGUUGUGGUCCGAGAACGAGAGGGCGAGGGAGGAGUUGGUGGUUAAGACGUUGGAUCAGUACCUCGGGCCGGGGUUGUUGUUGGUGAUGUUUGUGGGGUUGAAGGUUGUGAAGAGGAGGUGGUGGGUGAGGUUGGGGGAUUGGGAUGAGUUGAGGGAGACGCUGAAUGAUCUGAAUGAGCUGGUCAUGCCGAGCAGUGCGCCUACAGAGGAGGUAAGGCACAAUGGUUCGCUUGGACAACAUAGCGGCUCAGAUGGUGGGGAGAUGUUCGAAAGGGCGAAUGGUGAGGCAACAAGAACGUGA